AAGUGCAGAUUGCCAAAAGUCGGUCUCUUUUAAACCCCAUUUACCAUCAGAGUGUUUUAUGUGCUUGGAGAAUGGCGUCUCCUGUUUCUCCAUCAAAUGGCGAAACCGUAAACCCUAACCUUUCCUCAAUCGGUGAAACCCUGGAAACAAAACAAAUUGAUCCAUCUCAGUACGCAUAUGAGGAUUUUGAGGAUGCAGAUGACCUUUCAUCUGAAGAACAUGGAAGAAAGAGCUCUAGUUCUGAUUCAGAGUCGGAAGAAGAAGAUAAGGAGAAAGUACUGGAAACCCUUGAAAAAGCAGUCGCAGAAAACCCUAGAGAAUACGAUUCUCAUGUUCAGUACAUAAAAGCCUUAAGGAAAGUUGGUCAUAUUGAGAAGCUUCGAGAGGCUAGGGAAUCUAUGCAAAGAUAUUUUCCACUGACUCCUACAAUGUGGCAAGAGUGGGCGAAGGAUGAAGCUUCACUCAAUACUGGUUCAGAGGCUUUUGCUCUAGUUGAAAAGAUAUAUGAACAAGGAGUGGAGGAAUAUUUGUCUGUUUCUCUUUGGUGUGAUUAUUUGAAUUUCAUUCAAGAGAAUGAUCCAUCAGUCAGCCAAUGUACAUCAGCUGGUGUGGCAAAGAUGAGGACUCUGUUUGAGAAAGCCCUUGUUGCAGCUGGUCUUCAUGUUGCUGAAGGCAGCAAGAUAUGGGGCGCAUAUCGGGAGUUUGAGCAAGCUUAUCACCUUAUUAUUGAUGACCAUGAUGUAGAGGAAAAAGCUAAACAAGUGGAACGCAUCCGAAGUAUAUUCCGCCGUCAGUUAGCCGUCCCACUCACUGGCUUAGGUUUGGUGCUUGAUGAAUACAAGCUUUGGGAGAUGCAACAAGGAGAAAAUGUUUCUGAUGAUCUUGAAUGGAUUCCUCCAAAUGUUGCUGCAGCAUAUCAGAAGGCUCUGCAGAUGUGUAAUGCUCGUAUUCGUCAUGAGGAGUUGAUUUCAAGUCAGAACACUUCUGCUGAAGAGAAGCUUCACCACUUUUUGGCUUACAUAAAAUUUGAGGAGUCUUCAGGUGAUCCAAUUCGAGUCCAGCUUCUAUAUGAACGUGCUAUUGCAGACUUUCCAAUAUCAAGUGAUCUUUGGCUUGGCUAUACCAGCUAUCUUGACAAAAGCUUGAAGGUAUCUAGUAUCAUAAAAUCUGUUUAUUCUAGGACCAUAAGAAACUGUACUUGGAAAGGAGAACUUUGGACCAGAUGCUUGCUUGCUUUAGAACGCUUUGGUGCCUCAGAAGAAGAGUUGUGCAGUGUUUUUGAGCAGUCUUUGCAGUGCUCUUUUUCAACUAUUGAAGAGUAUCUAGAUUUGUUUCUCACUCGCAUUGAUGGGUUAAGACGGAGGAUUCUACAGCUUGGUACAACUGAUGCUGAGACCUACUAUGCUUUAAUUAGAGACACUUUUCAGCGUGCUAGGGAUUAUUUAUCUCAACAGUUGUCUCCAGAGACGAUGACCACAUAUAUGGAUUACUUGCUGCGAUUGCAUGCUUAUUGGGCUAGACUAGAGUCUAGGCUUCUAAAAGAUCAGGGCGCAGCUCGUAGUGUUUGGGAGAGUUUAAUUAAGACAAGUGGCUCAGCAUUGGAGGUCUGGCAAGGUUACAUAAAUAUGGAAAUCGAGUUGAAUAAUAUACACGAGGCAAGGUUCAUUUACAAAAGAUGCUACAGUAAACGGUUUCAAGGGUAUGGCUCAGAGGAGAUCUGCCAUUCGUGGUUGCGAUUUGAAAGAGAGUUUGGAAACUUGGAAGAUUUGGACCAUGCUAUCAAGAAGGUCACACCUCGUCUAGAAGAGCUGCAAUUGUUUCGAAUUCAACAGGAGGAAAAAUCUCAAAGUCUCCCAGGUCCAAUAUUUUCAGCUCAACCAACCAACUCCCAUACUCGAAAUGAGAGAAGUGGUGGGCAUGAUGCAAAGAAAAGGAAACCAGAUGAUGCAAAGAAAAGGAAACCAGGUAUUGGAUUUGCUGAUAAGGAGCCUUAUUCAAAGCGGCACAAAGAUGCAACAGGUAGAGCGUCCAAAGGAGAUGGACAUCAAGAUACGGGACCCACCAAUAAACCGGAGUCUUCCUCGAUUUCCAAAGGCGUUUCACCCGAAGGAAUUGCAAAAGAACAACUGGCAAGAGAACAAAAAGGCGAUAAAUCUAAGAAGAGCCUCUACACUGACCAAUGCACUGCAUUCAUUUCUAAUCUUAAUCUUCAGGCAACAGAAGAAAAUCUGAGGCAGUUCUUCAGUGAUUGUGGUGGCAUAAAGGCUGUCCGUUUAUUAUUGGACAAGUUUACUGGCAAAUCAAGGGUAUGCACACCUCUUCAUGUUAACUGCUCUGCAUGUGUUUUAUUUUUUUGGAUGGGUGGGAGUAUAUCGAGAGAGAGGUGUUUCUUUCGUGUGUGCGGGUUUUUUCAUGUUUUGGGGCCAGUAUUUGGUUCUUUUUUACCAAUUAGAUAUCCUUUUGGAUAGCGUCUAGCUUGGUUUUUUUUUGU